AUGUCUAAAACAUUGCCUUGCCGGCUCUCCACUCCGCGACGCACAUCCCGCCCCGCAUGGAUAGUGCUGCUCCUGUCGCCGCCGCUUCUGCCCUUUCUGCUGCCUCUCACGCUCGCCCGCGCCGGCGGGGUGAACACCACCGUGGACGACGUCGCGUCGCAGAUCGGCACGUGGCACGACGGGACGCACAUCAUCCCGACGGUCGACAGCGACGAUCUGCCCUCGAGCACUUCCUCGACGGCGAAAGCGACCCAGACGACUGCGAAGACAGGUGACGACGACGGCGACGACGGCAAGAAGGGCGACGAUGACAACGACGGCGACUCGCGAAAGAGGAGAAGAGGACGAGUGGCGAGGAAAAGGCGGGGUGUCGCGAGUAGAGCCGACACAGACAGCAGCCCGACGUCGAAUCCGUUCUUCACGCCGAACUUCGAUAGUGAUGAUGCGGGCUUCGUCGACACCCUCGUGACCGCCGCCUUCAACUUCACCGGCUCGGCGGUGUACGUCUAUGCUAUAAUCCCCCUGGCGAACGCGCAGACGAACUCGACGCCGACGUUCAUGAAUCUCACGUUCCUGGUGGACUCGCACACCGCUGGGACUUACCAGCAUGCAGGGUCACCCAAUGCCACCGGGUUCCAACCUACCACACUCAUCUUCAGCCACACCGGGAUGGCGGAAGGGGCGCAUUCGCUGACGAUGCAGGUCGAACCGGACUCGGUCUUGCUCCUGGACAGCAUAGUGUACACCGCCGGCGCCGCAAGCGAUGGAGAUGGGUCGACUCCUCCCUCCACCUCGAAAGCGCACAGCGUCGCCACCUUCGCCGGUGCGGUCGGCGGCAGCGUCGGCCUCCUCGCCGUCCUCGCGCUCUCGGUGACGAUCAGCAUCUACCGCAGACGCAUGCGCGCACGCCGACGCGAGCGUCGGAAUCGCCGCAGACAGCACCGCGCCUCCGACCCAGACUGGGACGGCGAGUCGUUCCACACCGACGCCUCUGAGGACGCCCCGCCGAUGCAGGGCCCGCAGCCCUUCGUCCCUCGGUACUUCCCCGGCACGGUCGUCCCCGCACCCCCGCCACCGUACUCUCCGCCCGCCGACGCGACGACCGCCCUCUUGAGCUCCACGUCGCCGCCCUGGGGCACGUCGGGGCUCCCCGGCCCAGGUGAAGACACGUCGUACGCGGACGUCCCGCCGCCCACGCCGCCGCCUCCAGAGGACGGCGCGGACGACUACUACUACGCACCCCCUUCCUUCCCCACCGCCAUCUCCUCUCCGAUCCCCGCCAUCCUCGCGGGGUACUCGCCCGUCGCGACGAACCCGGUCAGCACGUCGCCGGUGCCGCGACAGGCCAAUGGGAGCUCGCGCGGCGUGUACGACACCGGCGCACGUCCGCGUUCGGACUCGGACGCGCAGAGCCAGUGGAGCGGAUACUCGGACCGCCCACCGUCGUUCACGUCGCAGGCACCGUCGCUCAUCGCCAUCUCACCCGACGAGAGCCAAACGGGCAUCACCGCCUCGAGCGCCGCCGCACCGACGACCGCAGACGGGAGCAGCGCGGGGGACCGUGUGUCAAUACGGUCCUCGCGCUCGACCCGGUCCCGGUGA